AUUUUGUGCUGCGAUUGCCCAGCCAUAAUGUAUCAAACUCUAAUCAAGGUAGUUAUACACUUUAUUACAGGACCCCCAGAGUUUCUGUGGACUUCCUCAGUGUUAGUUGCAACCAGCAGUUUUCAUUUUUUAUUGUUCUUUACCUGCAGAUUAGGUUUUGAUUGGAGGGCUUUCUGGCCAACUAGCACUAACCCAGGGGUUCAACAAUUGAAUUUUGCAGUCUUUAUUUUAAAUUUUAGAUAUUUUGAUAGACUAGAUGAGUUAAUUGAACUUGUGUAUUUACCAACAGUUAAGCAUAAUGGAAACUUGACCCUGGACCAGAUGAUUGACAUUGCCCGCACAAUGAGACCACGUUCCCAGGCAAAGGCCCUCUCAGGUACUCUGAAGGAGGUUCUGGGAAGUGCACAGAGUGUUGGGUGCACAGUCGAGGGACAGAACCCCCAUGACAUCAUUGAGGGUAUUAACGAUGGCAGCGUCGAAGUCCCUGAAGAGUAAGCUGUGGCAUUACCCAGCCAGCCAACACACCUUAUCCCUGGGAGAAGAAUACACAAAGAGACCAGGAUUCUCUGACCAAGAAUGCAUUUGUUUGGGAUUGCACAUUCCCCUUUGCUCUCAUUCCAUAUUGUGUGAAAAUCUCAUGGGUAAUAAAGUGUGAAGGUGA